CAGAUAAGGCAUCCAGCCCUGACUACCUCGUGACCUUUGCUCAGGCUCCCUCCGAAAUUAUCUCAGCCAAUCAGAUGCUUGGAAUUUCUGUAUGCCCAUAUAUGGAUUAGUGAGUCAACCACUGCUGCUGCUGGGACUAUAAAAGCAGGCAAGCAAGGCCAACCCAUUUCAUUCGCUGUUCAUCUGCCGACCUGACUACAAGUUCUUCGCUGCUCGUGCGCUUCUGCCCAUCGACUUCGAGAGCUUGUGGAUUAGUGUUCCCAGUGACUUCGAGUGCUUUUCAUCGUUACUACUUCAUCAUUCGUCAUCUCUAAGGUUUCCUCCUCGUCUCUUUCAACGUCGAGCUGCCACCGCAUGUUCCGUUGGGAGAUUCCUGUUGAGAUGUCCUGCAUCAUCAACAUCAUCGACAUCAUCAUCAUGGACGGCAAGACAUCCGGAGUUGCUGCUUCUUCUGCUUCUUCUUCUUCUGGGGAACUUUCGCCGGUGUCCUGGAGCGAGUACACGCUCGAUUUGCCUGACAUGCAGGAGGAACCAACAGAUGAGGAGGAGGGCGCUGCCGUCGAUGAGGGACUGUCUCUUCAAAAUGUCAUUGAAGAGGUGCGCGCCUUUUGGGAAGAAGUUGCUGCGGAAAGAAUAGCCAUGCAAGAUGCGUGGAACAUGGACAUAACUGCUGUUCUGCACGAACUCAGGAGGCUUCGGGAAGAAGUGGAAGAUAUCCAAGAUGUGAUUCGUCGUGAAAAGAAUACGAUUCGAAAAUAAUUUUGUACAUAUAUAUUAAUAAAUAUGGUGAUUGUUCAAAAAAUGGUGUACGUUAUUUCGUGGUUUUAGUUCCUUGGUACCAAUAUAUAUAAAUAAAAAACAUAAGUAGCAUGGUUGUAAAAAAAAUAACUAAAAGGAUGGUCUAGUGGUUAUCACUAAAAUAUUUUAAAGUUUGUUAUUAAGGUAUGCAUAAGUAUUACAUUGAACAAUAUGUACAACACUAGAAGGAAACUAAUAUAAAUGCUUGUAUAUAGUGCAUUAAAUUACAUAUAAAAAAAUUCAGUAAUAAAAGUAUAUUUCAAGAUGGCUGCCAGUAGCAUAAAAAAAUAUUAGUGAUGUUGACUGAAUCCUCAUUAGUUGUGAUGUAAUGGUAGAAAGUUCUAGAAUUAAAAAUGGCGGGCAUGUUCUAGAAUACAAAAUGGCUAAAAUCUAAAUCUUGGUAGUUAUGUUGUAAUGGUAGAAAAUUAUAGAAAACAAAAAUGGAGGCCGGAAAUUACACAGUAGAAAGUUCUAGAAUUAAAAAUGCAGGCAUGUUCUAGAAUACAAAAUGGCUAAAAUCCUAAAUCCGAGGCCUCAUUGGUAGUGACGUAAUAGAAAGUUCUAGGAUGGCAGAACAUUCUAGACAAAAUGAUGGUCGUAAAAUUACGUAAUCCAAGAUGUCGGAAAUUCUUGGAAAUGACAUAAUCCAAGAUGGCGGCCGGGUCAUCCAAGAUGGUGAUUGCAUAAUGGUAAAAUCCUAAAUCCGAAGCCUCAUUGGUAGUGACGUAAUAGAACGUUCUAGGAUGGCAGAACAUUCUAGACAAAAUUAUGGUCGGAAAUGAUGCAAUCCAAGAUGGCGGCUGGAAGUGACGUAAUCAAUUAUGGCGGUCUGAAAUGACGUAAUCAAAGAUGGUGGAAAUUCUUGGAAAUGACAAUCAAUUAUGGCGGCCAGAAAUGACAUAAUCAAUUAUGGCGACCGGAAAUGACGUAAUCCAAGAUGGCGGCCGGAAAUUAUGUAAUCCAAGAUAGCGACCGGAAGUGACGUAAUCAAAGA